CGCAAAGAACGACGAGGAGCACAUUCUGGUUGCACGACCUGGAUCGGCCCUCGUCCACCGUCACCGACAUUUUAGAGUAGAAUUUGGGACGAUAAUCCUGGUUUGACCAUGCCUGGUCGAUACGCACCACUCCCAACGCAGCAGCCGUCCAGAGGCGCCGAUCGCGAGCUCGACGAGGCGUUCGGUUCAGAUGACGAAGACCUCGAACCCGACCAACACCACUCUGUAUUCACGCCAUUAACACAGAAUACGUCUCCGGUGAAUCGAUGCUCUGAGUCGUCAUCCAAAACGGGUUCAGAUGGGGCAGGUGUAGCAGCGUAUGACUUCGAAAGAGACUUUGAUUACGUUCGACCGCCUCCUGGGUCUCCCCCACGCUUGUCUGCUACUGCGGUUCCCAAUGAUUUUGGGAACACCAACGGGGUAUUGUCCACUUCUCCCGUAGAACCACCCGUUCUUCGGCCCUCAUUCUUCAGACGAGCAGUCGGCGCCAUAUUACCUACACAUUACACGCAGCUACCAACCAGUGCCGGCGCAUCACAUCCUGCCGUCCGGGGCGGCGGAACGCAGAAUGACGGCGUUUUCUCGAAUGUGGCGGCGAAGCCCAGUGCGCCCACCCGGGUGCGUGCGGACGAUGGUAAUAUAUACUUGAUUCCUGAAGAAGAACAGAAUGUUGCUCCACCUUCAUACUCUUCUGCACAAGCAGACGCAGUACCACCCUACUGGGAAACCACUGUCCAUGCACCACCAGGCAUCGAUACAGACGCAGGGAUGAUCAUCGAGAAUCUUCCAACUGGAUCAAUGGUCACACUCGUAGCCAACCUAUUCAUCUCAUUCUUCUUCCAAUUCGUCGGCUUCUUGCUCACAUAUCUUCUUCACACUACACAUGCAGCGAAGUUCGGUUCCAGGGCGGGCCUAGGGCUGACGUUGAUCCAAUACGGCAUCUACUCCCGCACAGGGGGAGACGCGUUUGAGGCACCCAUACCUGAGGAUGCUCCAGAUGAUCAACUUACGGAUACAGUUUACGCAUCGACCUCGCCCAACGACGUUCCCUCAGAAGAUUUCCACUUUUUCAAUUCCCGAGACUUCCUCUCUUUCUUACUCAUGACGUUAGGGUGGUUCAUCUUCAUAACCUCGCUGAUUGGCUUCUGGCGUGUAAAACAUUGGGAGUCGUCCAUACGCGCAUCGAAUGCACAGGGAUCGCCAACGCCAGAGGAAAUAGAAAGAGACAUCGCUAUUCGCCACAACUUGGAAGAAGUCUUGGGACUCCCUCUUGAAGACGUGCCGUCGGCCCACGCUACGCCACCACGUAUCCCAACGCAAGCUGAACUCGAUGAGGCGAGGCUGCGGCGCGACUUGCGGGCUGCUGGCAUGCUAUAAAGAAGUUAGUACCGCGUUGUUGGCUCUCGUUUGCUUUGGUUCUAUUUAUCGUUCUUGUCUAUCUGCGGAUUGUAUUUUUACUGUCACGAACCACGGAGGCUACAUAGUAUACCACAACUUCAUCCCUGGUGAGACUUCUUCGUAACUAGCGUGUACACUGUACUCGUGGAUGAUCGCCGUCACGCUAAAUGCGUAGGAAGGGGCUCAGGGUGAGAGGGCCGGACUGCUUUCCGUUGCACAACAAGACAUCAGAGGCUGUACAUGCUACUUGUCCGUACCGUACAUAUAUAGAAUCAAGUUUCACGUAUCGAAGUACUCCAGUCAAUUCCAGCAUUCAACCUGAGGAUUUGACGU